CUUGGUUCGGAUAGAGAGAUAAGUAAAAAGACUCCCUUUUCUUCCGCCCUUUUAUCCACCAAAAUCCCUACACCUUUUUCUCAUUCAAUUCCUUUUUUUUUUUUACAAAUUCAAGCUUGAAUUAUCUUCCUCAAUCCAAUCUUCCCCAAUUUACAGUAAAUUACUCAAUCUCCGUUUGGAGUAGGUCUUUUCAUGGCUUCCACUCCUUCCACAUGUUCGCCCAACUCUCUCCAGCUUCGUCUCGCUCUCAAUUGCAAGAAUUCCCCCAAAUUCCCUUUCCUUCCUGUUCGCGCCACAGUGCGGAAGUUGGAUCCUCGCCUCCGGGUGAUUUCCCGCCCUAUUGUUCAUAAUAGCGCGAAAAUCGCGCGGACAAAUGGACUGCGUCGGAAUGAAAUUUGUUUUGCUGGAUCGGAUUCCAAGGCUGAUGGAUUCUCCGGGUGGUCGGAGUCGGAUUCCGGCGAGGAGGAUUUGAACUUGCGGAGAAAGAAUUGGUUGGCAGGGUUGGUGGGGAUUGGAAUUACUGGAUUCAUCCUUGUCUCUGGAAUCACCUUUGCAGCAUGGUCAAUAAACAAGCAGAAUUGUUCCAGACAAAAGGCACAAAUGGAGGCCUUAAGUACGCACCAACAAUUAUUGUUGGACUCUGAUUCUGGAAAUGAUAAGCUUGGUGAAGAUCAAAAAGAAGAUAACAGUGUCAAUGCAGAUGAUGUUAAUCAUGAGGAAUUUUCUUCAUAUACAGAAAAUGAUGAAGCUCUCAACAAAAAUCGAGUUGGUGAUGUUGCUGUUGUCGAGGAGUUAUCAGGAAAUGAUGUUGAAUCUUCAUCUAAUAAUGAUAAUGUCAAUAAUGUUGCUUUCUUGCAAGAAGAUAUCCAAUCUGAUUCCUUGUUAGCUGUUACGUCGGUCGCUUAUGGAAGUUCUGAGAUCGAUUCGGACGUUGAUUCUGGUUUUAAAGAUGUAAAUUCUGGUACAGAAGUGUUAACUUCUGAACCUGAAAUGAAUGAUGAACCGGAUAACUCGCCUGAAACGAAGUAUGAUUUCAGCUCUGAAAAGUUUCCAGUCUAUGAUGAUAGUUCAUCAAAUUAUAAUUCUGGCUACCAGGAUGAGACAGCUGAUCCUCCUGUAAAUGGAAUCGACGAUUCUUCAUUGCAUGAAUUGGGAUUAGUUGACGAAGAGACCGUGACCGAAUCACUGGAAGGAGUUCUGAACCCUGGCAAAACCGAACAGCUCUUAUCUGAGGAAACUGGAUCAACCAUAGAACAGCAAAUAGGAAGAGGAUUGUCCGAAGCUGCGUUUGUCUCCGUCACAGCUUAUCCACUGGCAGAUGAUCAAGAACAAAAUCAUGAAACAACCGUGAAUAGUUCUGCUGCCGAACCGGAACUACAAGGGAAUUUAUUUUCUUCUGCAGGUGUUCCUGCUCCUCUGGUUUCUGCAGCUGUUAAGACACUUCCUGGCAAGGUUCUAGUUCCUGCAGUUGUGGAUCAGGUUCAGGGGCAGGCGUUGGCAGCACUGCAAGUUUUAAAGGUGAUUGAGUCUGAAGUUGAGCCGAGUGGUCUAUGUACUCGUCGGGAAUAUGCUCGUUGGCUAGUGUCUGCAAGCUGUGCGCUUUCAAGGAACACAGCAUCUAAAGUAUACCCAGCAAUGUAUAUAGAGAAUGUUACCGAGCUUGCUUUUGAUGAUAUUACUCCUGAAGAUCCUGAUUUUGCAUCUAUUCAAGGUUUGGCUGAAGCUGGACUGAUUUCGAGCAAGCUUUCGAGACAUGAUAUUCUUUCUUCAUUGGACGACGACGAGGGUCCUUUUUAUUUCUCUCCCGAAAGCCCGCUAUCACGUCAAGAUCUUGUGAGUUGGAAGAUGGCCCUAGAAAAAAGACAGCUACCUGAGGCAGAUAGGAAGACACUCCACCAAGUUUCUGGGUUUAUCGAUACCGAUAAGAUCCAUCCAGAUGCUUGUCCUGCGCUAGUUGCCGAUCUUUCUGUAGGCGAACAUGGAAUAAUCGCUCUUGCAUUUGGAUACACAAGGCUAUUCCAGCCGGAUAAGCCUGUAACAAAAGCACAAGCUGCCAUUGCUCUUGCAAUCGGCGAGGCUUCUGAUAUUGUAAGCGAGGAGCUUGCAAGGAUUGAAGCCGAGUCAAUGGCGGAAAACGCUGUGGCUGCACACAGUGCUUUGGUAGCUCAAGUUGAGAAAGAUAUUAACGCCAGCUUCGAGAAAGAACUCUCGAUCGAAAGGGAAAAGGCUGACGCUGUGGAGAAAAUGGCAGAAGAGGCAAAGCAAGAAUUGGAAAGAUUAAGAUACGAAAGAGAGAGAGAUAAUAUCGCCUUGAUGAAGGAACGUGCUGCUAUUGAAUCGGAAAUGGAGGUUCUUUCGAGGUUAAGAAAUGAGUUGGAGGAGCAGUUGCAAGGCCUGAUGAGUAAUAAAGUAGAGGUAUCUUAUGAAAAGGAAAGAAUCAACAAACUCAGGAAAGAAGCUGAAAUUGAAAAUCAGGAGAUUUCCCGCUUGCAAUAUGAGCUUGAGGUUGAGAGAAAGGCGUUGUCCAUGGCCAGAUCUUGGGCGGAGGAAGAAGCAAAAAGAGCAAGAGAACAAGCAAAAGCACUAGAGGAGGCAAGAGAUCGCUGGGAAAAGCAGGGCAUCAAAGUAGUCGUCGACAGCGAUCUCCGGGAAGAGGAAUCUGCUGGAGAUACUUGGCUCGAUUCCAGCAAACAGUUUGCAGUGGAGGAAACGGUUGAUAGGGCCGAGAACUUAAUGGACAAGCUUAAAGGAAUGGGUAGAGAAGUAAGAGGGAAAUCCAAAGACAUAAUUGAGAUGAUCAUCCAGAAGAUAGCUGUGCUGAUAUCAAACUUGAGACAAUGGGUCCGGAAUGCUGGUGAGAAGGCUGAAGAUGUAAAGAAUGUGGGCAUCGCAAGGGCAAGUAGAUCGGCCACUGAACUGCAACAGAGCAGUGCAGAGAUGGGGUUGGCCCUGAAGGAGGGAGCUAAGCGAGUUGUGGGAGAUUGUAGGGAAGGAGUAGAGAAAAUUUCCCAAAAGUUCAGAACAUCGUACGGUUAAGAAACAAGCGAUGGAGCAGGUGAGUAAUGAUUAUGUACUGUAAUUCUCAAAUAAAGUUGGCGUUCAAAUUUCAAAAUUUUGCUAACCUACUUUCUAUAAUGGAAACUUCAAUCUAUUUCUACCCACAGCCACAAUCUAAAACAGGAUAAUCGGUUCCAUUUUGUUCA